AUGGAUCCAGAAGAUUCCGAGGCCAGCGUCCAGUGGUCGGACGAAGUCACCGUGCAAGAUGUGAACCGCCAGCUUUCAGAAGCCCAGGUAGCUAUCGCACGACUCGCACGCACGCUCGACCGAUUCGACGCUUCUGUUACUGAUACCUUUCAGCAAGUUCGCCUCUGGGGCUUAGAUCGAAAUACCCAUCCCGGCUCCGGUAAUGGCAGACCGAUUCGAAUCGAGAUCGAAGCUACGCAUGGAGAUUUCAGCCGCCAACUGAUGGAUACCCAGUCGGAGAUGACACAACUAAGAGGCAUGCUCAACGACACCAGCAAUUCUGUCAUGCAUCUCCUUGAGAACGUUCACUUUCACGACCGUGACUCUGACUCUGGCGAUGAUGCAUACUUCCACGUGAUCGACGAUAGCACGUACAACGUCAUGCAAUGUGCCGUCCACAAGCUCAAGCUGAUCAGAUACCGCAACCUACUCACGUAUCUGCGGACGCAUCGUGGGGUACGAGCCAAUCAAGCCACAAUCGACCAGACGAACGCAGAAGUACACAAUGGCGACUGUCUAUGCGACGCGAAUCUCCUGCUCGACAUCGGAGUCCAUGUCGAAGAUCGUAUGCCACGUCGAGCACAGGCCGUUUGGGAAACAGUCUUCGAGGAUUUGUAUGGCUGCUUGUAUGACGACGUAUUCAACAAUGCUCACGAUCUGGACUUCAUCAAACUCGCCAAUUAUCGGGCCACAACACUCAUGUCUACACGGAAACCAUUCUAUCCGGAGAAGAAGACGCUGUACGAUCGCAUCAUUGACAACGUGAAGCAACUCCAGGAGGUACUCAUACGCGGUAUUACAGUUGAGGAUCACGAUAUGAUCCGACGCUUGUACCCAGAAGUCGAGCCAGCAUUUGAGGCGUUGCAAGCGAUAAAUCGAGCGGAGAGGGAGGCUAAACAAAAUCAGAACAAUCAGGGCUAUACCGCUCACGACGCUGAUCUGAACCUGCCGCAAGGAAGUAGCCGAGCGCGCCGUAGAGGACUAGGAGGCGGUAUCGGGAGCGAUCAGAACGGUCAGAACGCCCGGAACAGCCAAAAUAAUCAGAACGGCCAGAACAACCAGAAUCGCAAGAACAAUCAGAAUCGCCAGAACAAUCAGAAUCGCCAGAACAACCAGAACAACCAGAACAACCAGAACAACGCUGUCAAUAAUGCCUUACCUCCUAACAGCAGUCCUGCUGACGAUCGCACGGUCUCCACAGCAACGACAGGCAUCGAAGAUGACCUAGCAAGUGCAAGCAUUCAAGACAACAACGCCACCACAGGUGCUGGCCCUACGACUCCGAGCAGUAGGACCAACAGUCAGAAUCCGGUGUCUACGCCACCGAGAAGCGCUGGGAGAGAUCGAGGACGCGGAGAUGGGCUUGCAGGUCGUGGGCACGGAGACGGCGGUAGAGGUCGAGGAGGUGGGAACGGAGAUCGAGGUCGAGGCGUCUGGCGAGGGAGAGGAAGAGGAAGAGCAUUCGUCCCAUAUUCUCCUUCUGCCCACCGCACGGAGCCGGAGCUGGUCGAUUUCAGCGCCAUUGAGGGUCCGAACAGCCAAGUGCAAGGCACGCUAUCAAAUGUAUGCCGCCGACCUCAGCACAGCGCUUAUACCAACAACUCAAGCACAAACGAGAACGAUGGCCAAAAUCCAUUCUCGUCACCGAACAACUCCUCGCAUGUUGAGUCCUCCUCACUCAGCAGCAACGACAACAACCGCCGAUGUGGCAUCAAACUCACACAAUUCCGCAAAGUCAAAGACUGCCUCAGCUCAGCCAACAAGUUGAUCAUCCGCUUGAUCUGUCCUCGUCGAUCGGGUUCAAAGCGGUCAACCUGUGACGGCAGUGAUCAAGAAGACCUUACGCCAGCUGGUCCGCUGAGUCGAGACGCAGCUGCGAAUGGUGAUGGUGAUGGUGAAGAUGUGGCCGUGAUGGAGGAUCCAGUAAGCGACUCAAGUGGAAUGGAGGACGUGGAUGUGGAAGGAGCGGGGACUGAGCUCAGUGAGGAUGCAGUGCUCAAGGAGCAAGAAAUGAAUCGACCGCGAGAAGGUAGCAGAGCGGCGACGACUGCGCCAGGAGGGGGUGCUGACAACUGA